CACUUCAGCUGAGGAAACAGAGCUGUGUCUCUUUAAGUUGCGACCAAAGCCGAUUAGUGUCGAUUCUGCUUUUAGCGUCUCUUCACGUGUCUUUCACACUUAUGUUAUUGUGUGCACAAGACCACCAAAAGCGUUUAACGAGAUCUGUGUGGCUCAUUUGGUCGCAGGGGAUUUACUGUUCUGAUUGUUGGUGCUUUUGUCACCGGAUCGGAAAUUACUGGAUUAUCUCUUUUCUUAAAUCUCUUCCACUUUGUUUACUUUUUUAAGGUCUGUCUCUUAUGGUCAUGGGCUCGUGCACAGCGGCGUGAGACGUCGAGGUGGAAAAUGCAGAAAAGUGUGCGCUAUAAUGAGGGGCACAUAUUUUAUCUCUCUGUGAUCGCGCGUAAAGAGGGAACGAAGCGGGGAUACUUGAGCAAGAAAGCAACUGAUAACAGUCGCUGGAACGAGAAAUACUUUGCUCUAUACCAAAACAUUUUGUUUUACUUUGAGAACGAGCAGAGCAGCAGGCCGACAGGGAUUUACUUACUGGAAGGAUGCAACUGCGAGCGCGUCUCUGCGCCCAAAGUGUCUACAGUCAGCAGAGACAAUUCAGAGAAGCAGCAGCACUAUUUCCUGGUCAUCUUCGGCCACGAUGGACAGAAACCUCUGGAGUUGCGGGCCGAAGAGGAUGCAGACUGCACUGAGUGGGUGGAAGCCAUUCAACAAGCCAGCUACUCUGACCUCAUCAUCGAGCGUGAGGUUCUCAUGCAAAAGUACAUCCACCUGGUGCAGAUCAUGGAGACGGAGAAGGUGGCUGCCAAUCAGCUCCGCACACAGCUCGAAGACCAGGACACGGAGAUCAAACGACUCACGACUGAGGUUCUAGCUCUAAACAAAUCAAAGGAGAGAAUGUUACCUUGUCAUUCCAUUCAAGAUGAGGAUGAGCCUGACAUAAAGAAAAUAAAGAAGAUACAAAGCUUCAUGCGUGGCUGGCUUUGCCGGAGAAAGUGGAAGAUCAUUGUUCAAGACUAUAUCUGCUCACCCCAUGCUGAAAGUAUGAGGAAAAGGAACCAGAUUGUCUUCAACAUGUUGGAGGCUGAGACUGAAUAUGUGCUCCAGCUGUCCAUCCUGGUUAACUGCUUUCUGAGGCCACUCAGGAUGGCUGCCAGUUCCAAAAAACCUCCGAUGGGCCAUGAUGAUGUUAGCAGCAUUUUCCUCAAUAGUGAAACUAUAAUGUUUCUUCAUGAGAUAUUUCACCAAGGCCUAAAAGCAAGAAUUGCCAACUGGCCAAGAUUAGUUUUAGCCGACCUCUUUGAUAUAUUGCUGCCGAUGUUAAACAUCUACCAAGAAUAUGUGCGGAAUCACCAGUACAGUCUUCAGGUUCUAGCGAACUGCAAGCAGAACCGUGAUUUUGAUAAGCUGCUCAAGCAGUACGAGGCCAAUGCUGCCUGCGAGGGUCGAAUGCUGGAGACCUUUCUGACCUACCCCAUGUUUCAGAUUCCUCGAUAUAUCAUCACUCUGCAUGAGCUGCUUGCCCAUACUCCCCAUGAGCAUGUAGAACGCAAGAGUCUGGAUUUUGCCAAAUCUAAACUAGAAGAGCUGUCCAAAAUGAUGCAUGAUGAAGUAAGUGACACAGAGAACAUCCGUAAGAAUCUUGCCAUUGAGCGCAUGAUUGUGGAAGGCUGCGAUAUCCUCUUAGACACCAGUCAGACCUUUGUACGACAAGGCUCUCUGAUCCAGCUGCCUUCAGUGGAAAGAGGCAAACUAAGCAAAGUGCGAUUGGGCACGCUGUCUCUGCGCAAAGAGGGUGAGCGCCAGUGUUUCCUCUUCACCAAACACCUUCUGAUCUGCAACCGCACCUCCAGCGGCAAGCUGCAUCUGCUCAAACAAGGAGGAACUCUGUCUCUUAUAGAAUGCACACUCAUUGAAGAGCUGGAUGCCAAUGAUGAAGACUACAGUUCUGCAGGCCAGGGCUUCAGUCAUUUAGAGUUUAAGCUGCUGGUCGAGCCAGCUGAUGGGCCAGCCUUCGCAGUAGUCUUGAUGGCACCGUCUCGCCAAGAGAAAGCUGCCUGGACCAGCGACAUCAGCCAGUGCAUCGAUAACAUUCGCUGCAAUGGCCUUAUGACCAGUGUUUUUGAAGAGAACUCCAAAGUCACUGUGCCUCACAUGCUCAAGUCAGAUACAAGGUUACACAACGAUGAUGUGGAUAUUUGCUUCAGCAAGACACUCAACUCAUGCAAGGUGCCACAGAUCCGCUAUGCCAGCGUUGACCGUCUUCUGGAGCGUCUCACUGACCUGCGCUUUCUUUCCAUCGACUUCCUCAACACGUUCCUGCACACAUACCGCAUCUUUACCACUGCGGCUGUGGUCAUGGACAAGUUGAACGACAUCUACAGGAGGCCAUUUACCUCCAUACCUGUCAGGAUUCAGCACCACUCAACUGACCGUUUGUCCAUCUCCUCCAUCAGUCCAGACUACAGCCUGAAGAUCACAAGGCUUGCCCUGGACCAGUCUAAGUCUCUAGAGCUCUUUUUUGCCACUAACCAAGGCCCGUGGGGCAAUGAUCUACAGAACAACAAGUCCCCCCGUCUGUCACGCAAGUUCUCUACACCUCCUCCUCUUUCAAUACCUUCAUGGACAUCUUCACCCAUGCAUUGCCGUAAACUGUCACUCAGCUCACCUGUAAGUGGUGUGAAAGCCAUGGCUCUGGAUCUCUCAGCCUCGUCCUUGACAGUCAGUAGUCCCACAUCCACCUACAACCCCAUGAUCUCUUCUCCACCCCCCAACUGUCCUAAGGUUCCACUGGACCUGAGCAAGGGCCCCAGUUCCCCAGAGCUAGGCCCCAGCACACCAGAGGAAGGUGGGGAACUCCCACGUACUGACACAACAUGCGGCAAGCUAAGGAGUGUUAGGCGGAAUUUCUUAGAGUCUUUGUCAUUUGACAAGUUCAUCCCAGAGACUCCUACCUCUGUUGAGUCAGGAGACUUAUCUCUGUGCAGCUUGUCCUCUACCCCUUCCUCCACCCCACGACACCCACGUUACAGACAGCCAGGAGGUCAGUCCAUGGAGAAUUUGCGCUGUAAGGUGUCUCCUGCCUCCACCAUUGCCAUUGCCACAGCAGCAGUUGGACAUAGUCAUAGUGGCCUUCAAGGUUUCACCAGCCCAGAGAAGUCAUACGACAAGGAGUUUCUUAUCCGCCGGGCCGCCACAAACAGGGUUCUCAAUGUCCUGCGACACUGGGUAUCCAAGCAUUCGCAGGACUUUGAUAUGAACAGGGAACUGAAGGCUGGAGUGAUCACUCUGCUAGAGGAAGUGCUAAGGGAUCCUGAUCUGCUACCUCAGGAAAGAAAAGCCAUAACCAACAUACUAAGUGCCAUUUCUCAAGAAGAACCAGAUGACACGCAGCUUAAAAUCAAAGAUAUCCUCUAUAUGGCUGAAUACUCCAAAAUGGAGUGUUUUGAGUCUCUGUCUGCCAUGGAGCUGGCUGAGCAGAUCACCUUACUGGACCAUAUUGUGUUCAGAAGUAUUCCCUAUGAGGAAUUUCUUGGCCAAGGAUGGAUGAAAGUGGACAAAAAUGAAAGAACUCCAUACAUCAUGAAGACUAGUCAGCAUUUCAAUGAUAUGAGUAAUCUAGUGGCAUCUGAGAUCAUGUCUCACACAGAGGUGAGCUCCCGUGCCAACUCAAUCGAGAAAUGGUUGGCAGUAGCCGAUAUCUGUCGCUGCCUCAACAACUACAACGGCGUGCUGGAGAUCACAUCUGCUCUCAAUCGCAGUGCCAUAUACAGGCUGAAAAAGACCUGGGCUAAAGUCUGCAAGCAGACCAAAGCAGUAAUGGACAGGUUGCAGAAAACAGUGUCUUCUGAAGGGAGAUUUAAAAACCUAAGAGAAACCCUAAAAAACUGCAAUCCUCCAUGUGUACCAUAUCUGGGCAUGUACCUAACAGACUUGGCAUUUAUUGAAGAAGGUACACCAAAUUUCACAGAAGAGGGGCUGGUCAAUUUCUCUAAAAUGAGAAUGAUUUCUCUCAUCAUAAGAGAGAUUCGACAAUUUCAGCAAGCCUCCUACAGGAUAGAUCAUCAACCCAAGGUGACACAGUUCCUACUUGACAAAUCGCUCGUUAUGGAUGAUGACACUCUGUACGAUCUGUCUCUAAGGCUUGAACCAAGACUCGCUUCUGCCAACUAAAGACACGUCUCAGCAUGUCUGCUAGGUCACGAUGGAACACAGCAUAUGGACAAUACUUCCGACUUUGGCAGCAGAUCAGUGAAUGCUUAAGUGAAUGUGGAAAUGAUGACAAAGCCUAAUCUUCUCUAAAUUUUUUUUUUUAGGAAGUCAGCACACGUUUUUUAUACAGUUCAGGCCAAAAGUUUAAUACGUCUAGGCUUAGGAUCUCUUAGUCAAUUAAGGCAUCUACUUUAUUUAUAUUAGAGCUUAAUGUAUAACAUUUGAUUAGAUAGCAGAUCAAUAAAUUCAGUGUCUUUUUAUACAGUAUGGAACAUUCCAGAAACUGAUUUAAGGACUGUGAGAGCAGCUGUAUACUAUAGCGUGAGAAAAUCCGUGCAACUCUGCCAAGUCCACAAAAAAAAACAACAUAAUUUUACACCACCACAAUCUGAUUCUUCUUUACUCCUGUAGAUACACUAUAUGGCCAAAGGUUUAUGUACACCGGAAUAUCACACCCCUAUAUCACACCCCUGAUUGCACAAGAGGCUUUCCCUAUUGACAUUAGUGUAUUAUAGAGGAAUGAGGCACAGAUGAACUAUCAGGCAUAAACAAACUAUCAGUGCUGGUGGAGGAGUUUAUAGCAUUAGUGUAGGUAAAUCUACAUUACAUUACUGUACAAGGAAGAAAAUGUCUACCCCAAGACUGUCAUUAAAAAGCUACACUGAAGUUUUGUAGGUGAUACUGAGAAAAUCUGAUUACUGUAAGUAACGGUUGUAACAAAUCUGUCUGUGCUAUGACCUCUUAUGGAUAUAAAGUAAAGAUAUACACAAAUUGCCCUAACACAGGAAAUGUAUAGUAACGUGAAAUGUAUAAAGUUUGAACGCUUUAUCCUAGGUGUAUGUAACCUUUUGGCUUCUACUACACAUAGAUAAAUCAAUGUUAUAAUACUGUUCUUAUCUUUCUUAUGAGGUGACAUUUAUCUGAAAUUGUAAAAUGUUAGAUUUAGAAUAUUUUUUAUUCGAAUACUCAGGUCAUACUGUGCCUUUUUUAUCUGAAUUCAAAAUAUCUGUAUAAUUCCAGAAA